AUGGGUCAGUCGCAUUCCAAGGGCAACGCCUCCGGCGACCCUCUGCAGUCCUAUCCUUCUUUCUCCAAAUCCGACACCAAGGAGUCCCUUCGCUCGUUCCGUGGAUCCAUCCGGUCAAAAAUCCCCGGUGCCCGCAGCUCCGACAGCCCUCGGGGCUCCACCACAGCGCUCUCCCGGACCGAAUCUCAGACCGAUAAAUCCGAUGCCGGAUCCCUCAAAUCAGUCGCAAGCCGCCCCAGCUCCAAUGCGGGCCUCCCUCAAACCCCUGGCUCAGAGCCCGCUUCGCGGCCGGCUUCCCCUCAGCCCCCACCAUCACCCUCGCUCUCCACCAGCUUGCAGAGAGGACACAAAGAUGUCAGUGCGAUGAAGCAGAGCGGUGAGGUCGACCAUGUCUCUGAAGGCCCCCCAACCGGAGGUCCCCCGACUGGUGCCGCUGCCCCAGCCGUGGGUGAGUCCAUUUUGGUGAAGCGCGAGAACCAAUUGAACCCCAUCUUGGACUUCAUUCUGAACGCCCCACUGGAGACCUCUGGGUCUCCCGGUAUGGGCAUGGGAGCCUUAAAGUCAAUUGAUUUGGAUGACAUGAUUUCACGACUUCUGGACGCUGGCUAUGCCGCGAAGGUUACCAAGACCGUGUGUUUGAAGAAUGCGGAAAUCACAGCUAUUUGCACGGCCGCCCGUGAGCUAUUCCUUUCGCAGCCUGCUCUUGUCGAGUUGUCAGCUCCUGUCAAGAUUGUGGGUGAUGUUCAUGGUCAAUACACUGAUCUCAUCCGUCUCUUUGAGAUGUGUGGAUUCCCCCCAGCAUCGAAUUACCUCUUCUUGGGUGAUUAUGUCGACCGCGGCAAGCAGAGCCUGGAAACCAUUCUCCUGCUCAUGUGUUACAAGCUCAAGUAUCCUGAGAACUUCUUCUUGCUUCGUGGAAACCACGAGUGCGCCAACGUUACCCGCGUUUAUGGCUUUUAUGACGAAUGCAAGCGCCGUUGCAAUAUCAAGGUCUGGAAGACCUUCAUUGACACCUUCAACUGCCUCCCAAUAGCCGCCAUUGUUGCCGGUAAGAUCUUCUGUGUCCACGGUGGUCUCUCUCCUAGUCUUUCGCACAUGGACGAUAUUCGUGGAAUCGCUCGUCCAACGGAUGUUCCCGACUAUGGUUUGUUGAAUGAUCUCCUCUGGAGUGACCCUGCAGAUAUGGAAGAGGACUGGGAACCCAACGAACGUGGUGUCAGUUACUGCUUCGGAAAGAAGGUUAUCAUGAACUUCUUGCAACGUCACGACUUCGACCUAGUCUGCCGCGCUCAUAUGGUAGUCGAGGAUGGCUAUGAGUUCUAUCAGGAUCGAAUUCUGGUCACAGUUUUCUCCGCACCCAAUUACUGUGGUGAGUUCGACAACUGGGGAGCUAUCAUGUCAGUCUCUGGCGAGCUUCUUUGUUCAUUCGAAUUGUUGAAACCUUUGGAUUCAACUGCACUGAAGAAUCAUAUCAAGAAAGGCAGACACCAGCGCAACAGCAUGCUGAACAGUCCUGUAAGUCCCCCUUGCUUUGCCAUACCACCUGCCAAGAGAUUUUCCAUUACAUCGUGCCACCUCGCAACGCUCUCUACAAACUCUGAGUGCAGUUCUCUGUUGAUCCAGUCACUAACGAUGUCUAGCCCGCGGCGGUAUCGGCCCAAAGCUAUUAGGUGCUUCAACCAAUCCACCCAGCAAAUUGAUAUCAACUUCCCGAUAUGUCAUAGUCGUUGUGGUCUCGGGCUUCACACCCACCAUCUAGAAACAAUUAUGACUAUCGCUUCAUUACAAGAGUGGCCAACCGCUCGCCAUUCGACACCGGAUGAUCACCACGAUUCCUCUGCGUCGGUUCUUGCACCAACUCCCGGACCGAUUAGUCCCGGCAUGGAUGCCCAAAACAGGGCUUGGCGCAGGAUUGAACCGGUCCGACCUCACCGGUCCGCGUAUGUGAGCCUCUGUGGCACCAGUUUAUGCGCAGACUCGCAGGUCCAAACCCGCAAACUCGACGAACCCGAUAAGAAGGCCUAUUCAAUGGGGCAACGGGGAAUCUUUACAAGCUACCGCAUCCUUGCUUCACUUAGCUCCUGGUCAUGA